UGAGGGCGAGGCCGGGAGGGCUGGGAUCAGGAAUCACCUUCAGACCAGUCUGGUGAAACGUUGCCAGAAAUUAAGAAAACAUACCUCUUGUUCUUUGGCAUGGAUAAAUGUUCAGUGAGAGGAUUAGACUUGGCUGAACAGACUCCUGUUUUAUUAGAGCAUAAAGCCAUGGCAGCUAGUCUCUUGGAUAUAGGAAAUUCAUUUUGUAACCCAACUAGUCCUUUAGAUAACAGAUGUAGAAAUUCAUCGGUGGAAGAAGAUGAUGAUGAUGUUGUAUUUAUUGAAUCUAUACAACCUCCUUCAACUUCUACUCCAGCAGGAGCUGAUCAAAGAAAUUUUAUAUUUGCUUCAUCAAGAAAUGAAAGGCUACAAGGAAAUUAUUCCAUAAUUCUUCCUUCCUCAAGAGAUUUGGCUUCUGAGAAGGGAAAUACCAAGACUGCAGUAGGACCUUUUAAUCCUGGUAGAAUGAAUGUGGCAGGAGUUGAAUUUCAGAAUGGAGGAUAUGCAACUCACCAUAGUCCUGAUUCUUGGAUCUCCCAGUCAGCAUCAUUUCCCUGUAAUCAGAAACAGCCAGGGGUGGAUUCUUUAUCACCAGUGGCCUCCCUUCCUAAACAGAUUUUCCAGUCUUCAGUCCAACAGCAACUUACAAAACCAGCUAAAAUCACUUGUGCACACUGCAAAAAACCUUUACAGAAGGGACAGACAGCUUAUCAACGAAAAGGAUCAGCUCACCUCUUUUGUUCUACCACCUGCCUUUCUUCCUUCUCUCAUAAGUGCACUCCAAAGAAACGCAAUGUAAUAAGUAAAAAAGAUGUACCUACAAAAAGGGCUACUAAUGUUCCUCAAGUUGAGUCAAGAGAAUCCUCCCAAGAAUUUUGUAGUACGUCUUUGCCUCCCUAUGAAGACAACCAGAAUCUUAGAAAAAGAAUUAAUAAAUCGAGAUGUAUAAUCUGUAGUACUGAGAUUCGCCAUGAAGUCAGCGUUAAUAAUGUAAUACAUAAACUGUGCAGUAACCAGUGCUUUAAUAAGUACAGGUUGGCCAAUGGACUAAUAAUGAAUUGCUGUGAACAGUGUGAAGAGUACUUGCCCAAUAAAAGUGCUGGAAACAAUGUCCUGAUCAUUGAAGGUCAGCAGACAAGAUUUUGCUGCCAAGGUUGUGUUAAUGAAUAUAAACAGAUGCUGGAAACAAAAUCAAAAAAUUUGUCAGCAUCAGAAAACAGAAAAAGGAAUGCUGUUAGAGAAGAAGAAAAUGAAAGAAAAUCAUAUGGACCAUUGAAUACUCUUUUAGAAAAAAAAGAGGGAAUACCAGAGGAAAAGGAAAAGACUUCAGAGCUACAGGUUUUGGCAGAAUAUAGCACAGAUACAUCACUGAUCAAGCAGGAUGUGAAUUUACCUUCUUCUAUGUUAACCAUAGCUGAUAAAUUUCAAGAGCCGCUGGAAGAGAAAAAAUCAGAAGACUGCAUUAUAUCAGUUGUACUUUCUACAGACCCAGGUACAUGGCCCCGAAUUUUGAAUACUAAACAACGGGACAUUCUUGUUGAAAACGAUCCACCUCAAGUAAGAAAUUUUAACUUUCCAAAAGACAAUACAGGGAGGAAAUUUUCAGAAACUUACUACACACGAAUUCUUCCAAAUGGUGAUAAAACCACUAGAUCCUGGUUACUUUAUUCGACUGCAAAAGAUUCUGUAUUUUGUUUGUAUUGCAAACUCUUUGGGGAAGGAAAAAAUCAACUGAAGAAUGAGAAUGGGUGCAAAGAUUGGCAGCAUUUAUCACAUAUUCUUAGCAAACAUGAGGAAAGUGAAAUGCAUAUCAACAAUAGUGUUAAGUAUUCAGAAUUAAAAUCUGAUUUGAAAAAAAAUAAAACUGUGGAAUCUGCAGAACAUGGAUUACAUGAGAAUGAGAAAAAUGAUGGUGUGCUCUUGUACACAUAA